UCCAGCGCGCACUUUACGAUGCGACGAUCAGCCAAGUGGCACGAAGGUCCGCCGCCUUCCACAUUCAGAGGUUCAUGAAACCUUCAAGAAUAGACUUUUCAACUUCUGUUUCCACAAUACCUACACCAUGAAACCAGUACCUCAUAUCAUUGGUAACUCCACUGUGAAGACAUCAAAUGCAGACAUGAAUCAAGACUGCUCUGUAUUCUUGGGAAAAGCACAGAUUUCAGCAACUCUUCAGGAAGGUGUUAUACAAAAGCUCAAUGGCCAUGAUGCAUUGCCUUUUAUUCCAGCUGAAAAACUGAAGGAUCUAACAUCACACGUGUUUAAUGGAGAAUCUGGUGCCCAUGAUGCUAUAGUGCGUUUUGACACUCAAGAAAUACAAGGUAUUGGGACUCCACCCAACUCAACACCUACUAAAAAUGGUUCCCCGGAAAUAAAGCUGAAGAUCACAAAAACCUAUAUGAACGGAAAGCCUCUGUUCGAGUCUUCCAUAUGUGGUGAAAGUAGCGAGAGUCCUCCAGAACUCGAAGACACUGAUCAGAAGAGCAAGAGAGGAAAUAAAAGGAAAAGUAUAAAGUUUGAAUCACCUGAAGAUAAAUUGGCCAUUGAAGCUUUGUCCACAUCAAGUUCUUCUGAAUCAUCUGAAAUGAAGACUGUUUCUGAUUUAGAUACGUCUGAUCUCAAAGAAAAGGAGGAUUUGCUUCUUAAGUAUUUCAUUGGAGAUGUGGUGUGGUCCAAAGUCUCUGGCUAUCCAUGGUGGCCUUGUAUGAUAACCUGUGACCCAAUUCUUUACACUCACUCCAAGAUCAAAGGGCAAAGAAAGAGUGCACGUCAGUAUCAUGUGCAGUUUUUUGGGAAUGCCCCUGAAAGAGCUUGGAUAUUUGAGAAGAGUAUAGUACCGUUUAAAGGAGAACAUGAAUAUGAGCAGCUGUGCCAAGAGAGUGCUAAACAGGCAACCACUAAAGCAGAGAAAAGCAAGCUGCUAAAACCAAUAUCAGGAAAAAUCAGAAGUCAGUGGGACAUCGGUAUAGAACAAGCUAAAGAAGCUGUAGAAAUGACUAUAGAAGAUCGAAAGGCCAAGUUUACUUUUGUUUAUAUAAAAGACCGUCCUCACCUUAAUCCAAAAGUAGCAGAGGAAGUUGGUAUCCCAUUGGAUCUAAUUAAAGAAAGUGAUGAAUCUUUUGAUGCAGAGGUUGAAAACCCUAAAAAAGAGGAUGGCAUAUCAAGCAAGAGAAGGCGGUUGUCGAAAAUGUCUGAUGGUGUACAGGAGACACUUACUUUUGAAACUAAUGAAGCAAGCAUUUCUGAAAGUCCAGAACGAAGGGGAUUAAUAGCAUCUCCUGCUACCAAAAAGAGGUCUGGAGCAUAUGGGCCAAGAAGUAAGAAGGGAGAUGCAGUAACCCAGUUCUUGGUAUUUUGUCAGAAGCACAGAGAUGAGGUAGUAAAUGAACAUCCUGAUGCGUCAAAUGAUGAAAUUGAAGAAUUGCUUGAAUCGCAGUGGAAUGUGCUCAGUGAUAAACAAAAAGCUCGCUAUAACACAAAGUUUGCAAUUCUUACCUCUCCUAAGCCUGAAGAAGACUCUGGGCCUGUGUCAGAGGUCACGUUGCGGAACACUCUGCAGCCACUGAAAGGCUGUUACGUGCGUAUCUACAGGGGGAUUGCCCCAGGUGCAUCAAUGAAGAGCAUUGGAGACGCAAAAGUGAACCUGUUCCAGGAGUCGCCAAAGAGGAGAUCAAGAUCAAGAAGUAGUUUGCAUGGAAAUAGUCGAAACUUCACAAAGAUGACACGCAAACGAGCAGAAGAACUGGAUGCCCAAGGAGCUCCUAGAAAACGACUCCGGAUCAAUAACAAGCAAGGGGAACCCAGCAAAGAGAGAACUCCAAGAGUCUGUAGAGCCCGAGACAUUGCCCCACUAAAGAACCAGCCAGCAAUACACAGCCUUUCGGAUGCUUGUAAGCCACUGAAGAAGCGAAGUCGGAGCUCAGCGACAGGAUCCAUUGCACUUGCUCUUAGCAAGACUUCCCCUGUAUCGUUAACUGAGAAUGAGGUUUUGGACUGUCAUGGGGAUGAGCGGUCAGAGUCACAAUCUGAAAGUGCAGAUGAAUCUCAAAUGGAAAUUUCCUUGCUAUCAAAAAGGUCUGACAGAGCAGUGGCAAAGAGAGAGUACUUAUGCCAGUUAUGUGAGAAAGGUGGCCAUCUUAAGCUGUGUGAGGGACUCUGUUAUGCUGCCUUUCAUUUAUCCUGCCUUGGACUUUCUGAAAGGCCAGUGGGGAAAUUUCUAUGCAAGGAAUGUUCGUCUGGUGUUCACGCCUGUUUUGUUUGUAAAGAGAAAAACCCAGAAGUUAAGCGCUGUACUGCAUCUCAUUGUGGAAAGUUUUAUCAUGAAUCCUGUCUUCAAAAGUAUCCUCUCACUGUGUUUGAUAAUAAAGGAUUUCGCUGUCCACUUCAUAGCUGUAUUAGCUGUUAUGUUUCAAACCCUUCUAAUCCUAAAAUAUCCAAAGGUAAAAUGAUUCAGUGUAUUCGCUGUCCAGUUGCCUAUCAUGGAGGUGAGGCAUGUUUGGCUGCCGGAUGCGCAAUCUUAACUGCAACAAGUAUCGUCUGCACCUCUCACUUUUCUGCUAAUAAAAGCAACCGUCAUCAUGAACAUGUGAAUGUCAGCUGGUGUUUUGUGUGCUCGAAAGGAGGAAGCUUACUUUGCUGUGAAUCUUGCCCAGCAGCUUUUCACCCAGACUGUUUGAAUAUUGAAAUGCCUGAUGGCAGUUGGUUUUGCAAUGAUUGCAGAGCAGGGAAGAAACCUAAAUUCCAAGACAUCAUUUGGGUGAAACUGGGAAACUACAGGUGAGGCACUUAAUUUUUUGCUGGUGAUACUUACAUUUGUAUUUAAAGUAACAGGUUACUCUUAUGCUAAAUCAUGCCAGAUGCAUACUCACUUGUAAGUCCUGGGACUAGCAUCCUGAUUGGUUAAAUUCCCAUUAGAGGGAUGUAAAUAAAUAUUUGAAGUAAAAUAUUAUUAUUCAUAUUUUAACCUAGAGAUGAUCAUGUGAUAUUUUCUAGUCAGCUUUUCUUUCAUACAUGUGAUGAAUCCACAAUCCAUUACUCAUUGGAAUUACCUUCCCUACCAUUUGGAGGAGGCAAAGAUUCCCAAACCCCAAGAGCUCUAUAUAACCCCUCACACAUACCUCGUUCUUUUUUUCUAUGCCUCUGUGAGAGGUGAUUGAAGAAUGAAGAUGUGCUUGAUUUUCCUAAGAGUGGUUUUCAGUUAAUAUUGAGACCCAGUUUCUCCUCAGUGUGCAGUGCUUGUCAAAGGGAUGUAUUUGGAGUAUUGUUUAUCAUUCUUUUAUUCACCUCAUUAAAACUUCUUUAUAAACUUUCCUUAAAGGGAUACUAAACCCCAAAAAAAUUCUUUCAUUGAGCAUUCAAUUUUAAUUUACUCCUAUUAUUAUUUUUUCUUCUCUUGCUAUCUUUAUUUUAAAAAGCAGAAAUGUAAAG